AUGUCAACAGCUCAGAUCAGAGUCUCUGCUUCUCCAAAGAUGAGAAGUAUGAAUUCUCCGCAGAAUGUGUCUUCUGAGGCCGAGGAGGGGAUGAUCCCAGACUCUCCUCACCGUCCGCUGUCCUUACCUGUUGCCAGCAAGAUGAAACGACGGAAAGAGCAGAACCACGUCCGCUACGCUGAGACACCACUAUCACUCUCAUACCCUGAACCCAGGCGAGAAGAGCCAUCUGUGCCCUUCAGCUGUAAUGGCAGAGGUGUGUUGGUAGCUGAGACAUGUGAAAUGGAUGUCACUUGUAUUGCAGAGCCUCAAACAAAGAAACAUUUCAGGACUGUGGUUCCUGAGACCUGCCGGAUGGACGUCUGUCCGGAACAGUUUGAUGAUAAAGAUGAUGAUGAUCUUCACACUUCACCACACUCUGAACGAAACCAACAACCUGAGUCACACGACUGCACAAACAUAGUCACUGCAGUCCAGAAUGAUGAAUCGCCGUCCGUUUUGCAUUGCCAUCCGUUGGGUUCUCGAGAGCAGCAGCCGCCUGCAGACGACUUUCCCAACACACCUUCAAACACCAGCACACGUGUGCCAGUUAAAGGGAAGAGAAAACAUAAGGAUGGCAGGAAAAGAGAGAUUUCUGAUUCCAGCCUGGAUGAUCCUGAUGAAACCGAAAUCAAGGGGAUGAUGUUGGCUUCCACUCCAACUAACAAUCGUAUACAGAACAAGAAUCAGGAAACAAUGGAUUCAAAGAAGAGGAAAUGUUUGGACCAGCACACGCCUCGCAAAUGUUCUCUUCAGAACCAAGACAUGCCUUUUCCAUACGAUCAGAGCUGGAGUGUUGAUCCAGGAGCUGAUCUGGAUCAGUAUGAUACGGAGAGCUCUCCUCACCCAGAGGCCAGAGCAGACAUAGAAACGAUGGACACUGACUGCACGUUUGUGAGUCACAGUCUCCUUCUGAGAGGCCAGAAGAGGAUGGGACAAUCCCAAACCACUGGAAUUGGGCAGAAGGCAAACGACAGCCUUGCUGACAUCUUCGAUAAGACAGGAUAUGGAGAAUAUGAGUCGUGUCCACAGGAAGAGAGUUUUGAUCCUAAACGAGACGGUACAUAUGAGGAGGAGAGAGAGGAAGAUGAUAAUGAGGAAGAACAAGUGGCAGCACACGAAUUCCGCCGGCCUGCAGACCCCGAACGAGUGACGUCCGACAAUAAUAGAUCUAGCAGGAAUAAGUCUUUUGCUUGUGUGGAAGUUGUGCGUAAGAAAGACGAAAGGAGAAAACUGAAAGGCCACUAUUGUAAAGAGUGUGAAAAUUACUAUGCGGGCCUUCCAGAGGAAGAAAGACAGAAAAAACUGUCUUCCUGUUCACGUCAUCGCUACCGCUACGUCCCACCUUCCACUCCAGAGAACUUCUGGGAAGUGGGUUUCCCAUCAACACAGACCUGUGUGGAAAGAGGCUAUAUCAAAGAAGACGACCAGCCAGACGUGCGGAUACGCAGGAGACGGCCGUACCUCGCCAUGUUCUCACCGAAAGCCAAGUCACAAAAACAUCAGCACUGAGUGCAUCCGUUAUAAGUUCAGAUAUGAUUUCAAAACCACACUGGAACUAAAUGGAUGAAUAUGUAAUUCUGUCUGCUCACGUCCUGAAUUAUAGCUGCUUAUCUUAUUUUACUUGUAUAUGUACUCUAAAUUGUUUGAC